CAACAACAACAACAACAACAACAACAACAUAUGCCGCUAGUAAAACGGCGCUCGUGUCUUUUGUGUAGCAAACGGAAAGUCAAGUGCGACAAGCAGAAGCCAUGUCGAAACUGCGUCAAGUACGGGGGUGAAUGCGUAUUCCCUGCCGCUAAGACAAGCCAAACACAGAUGGUUAUGACACCUGAGCUGGUGGAAAUGCUUCGAAGACUAGAGAAAGUUGUCCAAACUUUGGAGCCGAAAGACGGAGACAGGCAGGAUCCCGUAGAUCCUCAGCAACCCCACAAACAUAACGAUGAAAAUGAUCGAGAACGACCUCAGUCUCCGAUUCCUUUGCCUAUGGUUGAGGACCUAGAUGCUACGGACUUGGGGUCUAUCGGUCCUACGAUGGGUCCGGAAGUCCAAAUGGGUCGUUCAAACCCACCCAGUGCCAAAUUACAAAGUGUAGCAUCAAGCCAUGGUGGCAGUGAUGGCAGGAUUGUUCGCGAUGCUGGGAGAGACACCUAUGUAAGACGCUGGUUUUGGGAGGAUUGUAAAAGUGAAGUCAGAUUAUUCACAACAUCAAACCAUGAAGAUCGCUCAGACGACGAUGACUUCGAAGAUACCGAUUCUAAUCCUUUCGCCAAUUGGUGCUCGAAGAAACCGGAAAGUUUGAGUUCCGAUAGCGAAACUCCGAACGCAAAGAGAAGGAUUCUUUCUAUAAUUGGCGAUCAAAAACUGCACUUGUGGGGCAUUUACAAAGAAAGAGUUGAGCCGCUGACCAAGUUGCUCCACUUGCCGUCGCUCGAGCAGGCAGUGACCGGGCAUCGCUUGGUGGACUUCAAAGACGGCACCCGUUGUAUCAUGCUGUCAAUCUACUACGGUGCGGUAACGAGUCUAGGCGAAGAAGAGUGCGGCCAGCUUUUUCAGAGCGGACAAGCCCGGGUCCUGUCCGUCUUGCGGGACGAGGUAGAAGCAAUGCUUUCGAAGGCCAUGCUGAUCCAUACCGGGGAUAUCCAAUCAUUGCAGGCACUAGUCUUGUACCUCAUCCUCCUGCGACAUCAUGAACCCCGGCUCUCCUGGAACCUUUCGGGGUUGGCCGUUAGACUUGCUCAGAAUUUCGGCAUUCAUAGGGAAGGCAGUCUAUUCGGACUCUCAACAUUCGACAUCGAAAUGCGACGCCGCCUUUGGUGGCAGAUUGCAAUUCUCGACGCCCCAUCGGCCGAAGACUAUUCGGGUGAAUACAACUUACUCGAGAUGAGUAGUUUCGAUAGCCAGCCACCGCGGAAUCUCAACGACAUACAGCUGUAUCCGGCAAUGCUCGAGUAUCCACCCGAAACGGGAGGUAUCACGGAGAUGACGUUUACAUUAGCCCGAUGUCAAAUUACGAGCAUGUACCGUUGCAUGGCGGACUCAAGAAAGCACUGUGAAAACACGAGAAAGAGCUAUGCCGAAAUGUCACAGCAAGAGCGCAACGAUUGGAUCGAUUUCUGCGAGCAAGAGUUUUCUCAAAAGUUCUUUCAAAAUUACUCAGCGACAAACGCACUGCAUUGGGUAACCAUGGUCCUGACGAGGAUGCUAUUCCACAAAGUGAGGCUGCAUGGCGUCAACCCACAUGUGGACUCCAAAGAUAUAUCAGAGUCAACCCGCAAGCGAUUAUUCGCAGUCGCCGUCGAAGUCAUAGAACUCAACUGCAAACUUCGGACUGACCCCCGAACGCGUCCUUGGCUUUGGCUUUUCAGCUCCUACACUCAGUGGCAUGCAUUCUCUCUGGUCCUUCACUGGCUUCGAACAGAUCCUCUUUGCAAGGGAUCCCGGCGAGCAUGGCAGGCAAUUGAAAAAGCCAUCGUGUUGAGGUGGGAGCAUCCUCCCUCAUUGUUGAGUGGUCAAAAGCCGCAACAAUGGCGGUCUGUUCUCAGACAGCUGGGAAAGGCAAGAUCUGCUCGACAAGAGGCUUUGGAUAGAAGAGGAAGGAGGGGUUCACGUACGGCUUCGGAAAAGACUGGGCAAGCCUCGGCAUCUUCACUGGCAUCGGCAACGUCUCACGCUCCAUCCUCUUCGCGCAGUUCGUUUCCGAAGCCUUCCCAUUCCUAUAAUUCCUUGCAAUCAAGUAGCUCCCGGUAUCAACACCGAGUUCAGGCUUCGGAGGUGGUCCGAACAAAUGCUCCAGGUCCUUUAACACCUCCCAUCACCACCACGGAUGUCUCCCUGCAACGGGAUCUCACAACACCAGAACAAGGAAAUUCACAGAACACACACAGCAUUAACAGCUAUCAUUUUGACGAGAUUGCUGGUGUAUUGCCGCAUCCGGACCUCGUGAUGAUCGAUGAAACGACGUUCUCGGCCGAAGAAUUUCAAGAUCUUCAGGACUUUUCUUUUCUUGAAAACUAUUCUAUGGAUUAAUUAGAGCCUAAUAUAAAUCUAUCAGUCUGAGUGUGGGC